AUGGUUACAAACAUGGUGGAAGGAGGACGGGUAGGUUAAUCUACAUUUAAACUGAACAUUAUUUUGAUAGUAUGACGGAGACUGGGCCUGAACGUAGUUGAGUUUUGAUUGACACUGCACGCCAGUGCAGUGAUGCUUGUCGCUUUAGAGGGAGUGUUUUUUCCUAAGAAAAGGUAUAAGAGAACAAAAAACGUUUUUUUUUUUAUAGCAAGAAAACCUGUGAUUGUGACUUUGGGAUACUAAAUUCCUACUGCCACCAAGGCAAUUCCGAUAAAUACAUAGGUCAUAGGUAGAAAGAACCACUCAGAAUGCAAGUAGAAUUUUAAAUCAAGAAUACUCGUCUUUAGAUAAAGUGUCUGAAGUAUUGGCCAAGCGCCAGUCCAGAAAUGUACGGUCCUGUUCUGGUUUCUCCGGGUGAUGAGGAAGAACUUGCUGACUAUGUGAUUAGAAAGUUUUCUGUUCAGAUGGUGAGUUUGUUUUGGAUUAUUUGUACCUACGUUGCUUUCAGUGAGAUGGUCAGUGAGCCUAUAUGAGUCCGUGAAUGAUUUAGUCAGUUGAGUCAGCCAGUCAUUGAGUCAGUCUCUGAGGAGGUCAGCCAGACAGUUAGUCGGUGAGUCAGUCGGUCAGUCUGUCAAUCAGCUAGUGAGCUAGUCGAUCAGUCACUCUAUGAGUCAGCCAGUCAGUUAGUCAGACAAUAAGUUGGUGACUGAAACAGUCAGUCAGCGGUGAGUCAGUCAGUUAGUCGUUCUGUCAAUCCGUUUGUGAUUCAAUGAUUUCUUGGACAGUUGAAGUCUGAGAUCUGUGAGCUCGUUUGAAGUACGUGUGUAAAAAAAGUACAAGAUAUCUACCCAGCUACAUAGGAUAAAACAGGGAAACUGCGAGUUGACUAAGGUGCAUAUAAGCUAGAAUACUGACUUUCCUUGUUAUCUUUCUUAGACCUCAGACACAACCGAGUAUCGCGCCCGUGAGGUGAUACAGUAUCACUUCACGGCUUGGCCUGAUCAGGGGGUCCCUACCCACGCAACCUCCUUGCUUGCUUUCCUGAAGAAGGUCCGUGCCUCUGUGCCAGAGGAUUCUGGACCCAUUUUGACCCAUUGCAGGUAAUGAGAUGGGACCUUGAAAUAAUUUUUGGCAGCUGUCGUCCGUUACGCUCUAACGACAGCCACAGAAAUGAGUCGAAACAUUGCGGCGAGGUAGACGGGCAAAGUUCCCUUGAAAAAUAGACGAAGAGGAAAAUUGAUUUUUGAAAUUUGCGUUUAACCUGUUUUAUAUUUUGUAUUGGAAGUUUUUGUAUCCUUCUUCCUCUUCGUAGAGACACUGUUGUUAUGAUAAAAGAUAUUUAUUGGCCUGUGCCAUUUAUUUUGCAGUGCUGGUGUAGGACGCAUCGCGACAUACAUUGUACUUGACGCCAUGUUGGACCAAAUAGAUGCUGAGGGGGUGGUAGACAUCUAUGGUUUUGUCUGUCAUAUCCGUCAACAGAGAAGCGCCAUAGUGCAGACAGAGGUAUGGCAUAAUUUAACGCGUGGUGGGGGGGGGGGGGGGUAAGGGAUCGGAGGAAUUUAGUUGUGUCACUUAAAAUAUACUUAAUGCCCUUAGGCUCUAGAAAAAAAGACUCUCAGACCCCCCCUCGAUAAAUAUUGACUGAUCCCCUUGUCUCUCCUUAAAACCAUGAGAACCCCCAACCCCCCCCCCAUGAAUAAUGACUGAUCACCGUCCGUUUCCGUUGAAAACGAUGUGAUCCUCCCCUACUAAAUAUGAUGCAUCAAAGGCAAAAGAAAAGAAAGAGAGAAAAUAAGGACGAGAAGAAAAUGAGAUUAAAGUGAUUGGAACCGAAGUUACGCGUAAUUGUGUUCAUCGUUUAUUUAAAACAUCUACACACCUACGGUAUUAAACACGAGUAGGAAAGUACAUAUUAGAGAACGAAAACUUACAAAUAAACUCACAAUAAAGCAAAAUAUAUACCUUAACGGUGCAUCGCUUUACAGGAGAAAAACAAAAACGACGACGCUGCUUUUUACAAAGUGGACAUGAACAUUGGUCCACAGGACUAACUUUUUACACAAAACGCGACAAAUUACUCGACUUAAUUACGUACAUCACGCAACGAUACAAACAUCAACCACAAGUACGCAAUACAACUAAUGAAACAUACAAACACUCACUGGUAAUUAACACGUAAACGCAAUACACACAGGAAACGGUUUGACAAUAAGUUUAGCGAUUACGGAUAUGAUCAGAAUCAGGGGGUUAUCUUGGUACAACACCAAAUUCUCUUGACUGGUUUGAAAAGCAGAGAGAUAGGAUGAACUCACGCUUAGCUUUCGGGUUUCGGUUUGUACUACAAGUGCCCAUAAAUGUUUUUGGCAGUUGUGUGUUGUUUUCAUUCCAACCAUACCGUCUCCGUUGUUUUUUUUUCUAUCUGUUUUAGAGUUUCCAGCAGCGCGAGCCAUUCAUUGCCACCCAGGCUCCGUUGGAUACUACGGUCGUUGAUUUCUGGCGAAUGACCUGGGAAUAUGAAGCUAAUUGCAUUGUCAUGUUAUGCACACAGAACGAGAGAGAAGAGGUUUGGGAGUUGAUUUUUGUUUUAAGUCUGAUAUCUAAUUGGGUGCAAUUUCUACUCAACGUUUCCUUAUUUUUUUGUUGGCGGACUACUUGGCUUUUGAGCAGACUUCUCCGGCUUUAAUUUUCAGUUGUCUGUGUGUUUGUUUGCCUGAUUUACCUUAUUUGCUGCAUUCAUUUGUCGUUUUCAGGGAAUCUGUGCAUCUUAUUUGCCUCACAAAGAGGAGUUCAUUGUUUAUGGUUUGUUGAUGAUCAAGAUUGAAGCGGAAGAUCUGAGAAAUGGUUUCUGUAGAAGACAACUGAAAAUUACGAACACAAAGGUGAAAAAAUAAACAUUUUCUUUUUGCGUUCGUUACGAUGGAAAGAAAACUAAGGAAAACUAUAUGGGUGUGUUUGCUGUAUUGUGCGUAACUUGAUGUCUAUGGUUUGAAGAACCUUUGCCAUUACUGUUCCAGUGAAUUGACCAGUAAUGAAACCUCCAUACAGGAAACAGCGGUUGAUACCAUCAGCCGCUGUUUCCUGAAGACUGGAAAAAGUGUCUCCAGAACAGAGUUGUCUCAGUAGAGAACGUAGCAUAUAAGCGACGUAUAACUCACCGCCGGGGUUAACCCUUUACACCCUAACAUCAGUGUUCAUAUUCUCCUUACUGCCUCUAUACAUUUCCUGAAGCGCUGACAAGGAGAAUUUGUUUAAAGAUCAAGAGCUUUAUGAGUUGGUGAUCACUUCCUUGAUUCUCAUGACCUUAAUGUUUGAUUCAGGGGUGAUAUUGUGAGGAGAAAUUAGAAGCUGGUCACUUUUAGGGGUUAAAGGGUUAAGGCUCGAAAAAGGACCCUUGGAUAACAAGUUCCGCGCGCCAGCGAUCAAGCCAGCUUUUCUUCAUGAGUUCUUAACGGUGCCUCAUGAUAGUUCACUUUUUUCCAACUGUCUGUCAUUAUUACUUUGGUUUUGGUCGCACGACACUAAUUGAAACACGCUCACGAUAGCUUUAAACAUCGUAUUCGAUAACAUCGUAGCUUGCAGAGCUGGCGUAAUUGUGGCGAGCGAGGGCUCGGAAUUUUCUUGGUGAAAGUAAUAACGGCCGUUUUUUAAUUUUACAGAAGCGGAAGGCUGGGGAGAGAAAGAAAUUUGAAUCAAGGGGGUGAGAGACGGUCCAAAGGAAGGAGAGGGGUGGGGGCUGGGUUAAUAGAAAUCCACCCCUUUCUCCGUCCCCCUUACCCUUACCGUCUACUCAAGCUUUAAAUCAAACAUGGCCGGUCGAAUAGCCGAUCGCGAGCUUGCAACAUUAAAUUGCCUUAAAAGGCACCUUCCCUACAGGGUAAUAAUAUCGUGAUUCAAUGCUUUCUCUUGCAGAGCGGUGAAGAGCGCACCCUUUAUCAUUUUCAUUUCACGGACUGGGCAGAGCGCUCAAUUCCUCUUAAUGGUGUCGGGCUUCUUGACAUGAUGAAAUGUAUCACAAGGGUGCAGCAGCAGACAGGCAAUGGACCAAUAGUCGUCCACUGCAGGUAAACCCUUUGAAAGUAUCACAUGAGACGGAUCAAUGUCAGUAUCUGAGCAACUGUGCACCUACCCCUCCCUUAACCCAACAUCAAUCCUAACUUGUUAUGAGUUGACUGUUUUUGGGUUAGGGGAGGGGUGGGUGUGUAGUUCCUCAGACACUGACAUUGAUCCCAUCAAAUCUGGUAAUUUUGAUCGUUCCCUGGAUUGGCAUCAAUUUCUUCAAAUGUUCCAUCUGCAAAAUACGUGUAGUUUGUGCAAUUUUUAGAUCCACAUCUAUAUUGAAUUUAAAAGUCAUCCACCGGAAAAUGCGCAGUAUCCCGUUGGUUAAGGUGUCAAUGGGCUCGUUUAUUUUGUUGUCAGUGUUCUAGUUCUAAACUUCGCAAAUUUGAAUAUUUUUAAGAUUUUACCUACUGGCUUUGAUUGAAUUGCGAAUGGCAGUUUUUAUAGUUCCAACUAAAUAUUUUCAGGAAACAUAAACACGUCGCCCUCCUAACGUUGUUUAAUACGGAAACAUUUUAUAAUUUGGUUAUUAUUCCAUAAUUAGCAAAGGAAACGAAUGUUAUCUCUGGUUCCCUCUCUUCUAGCGAUGGAAGUGGUCGUACUGGCACUUUCUGCGCUAUUAAUAUAGCGCUGGAGCGGGUCAAACUUGAUGGUUCAGUAGACAUGUUUCAGACCAUACGGCGCUUGCGUACUCAGAGACCUCUUAUGGUACAGACAGCGGUAAGGAAAAUCAAAUGAUGACACUCUUUAUUCCAAUAAGCAUCUUAAAUGUCUUGUGGCUCUGAGGGGGGAUAUAAUAAUAGCUGAAACGAAGUUUACGACCGUAAUCUUCUUUUUCUCGUACGAAUCCAUGCCACGAUAUGUCACGUUCCUUUUUUACGCUUUAGAAAAGAAGUGAUAAAUUGAAGGAAACGAUUAAAUGAAAUAACGGCAAGAAAGCAAAUAUUUAAGACAUAACGAUAAGCAGUUUAGGAAUAAGGACGCUUUUGAAUGGAGAAUAUCAACAGGGAUUUUAAAAAACAAACUUGAAGAAUUUAUUCAAAAUAUUUCCAAGAUGCACACGACAGAGCUACUUGUAAAGAUGCUCAAAGAUGCUCAAAGAUGCGAUAAAGUUGGAUAAUAUUCCACAUGAAAAUGAUCAGUUCAAGGCUAAGAUGAUUACUGAUGAGCACAGGGAGGGGGGGGGAUUAUUUAUGAGCAAAGUGCGUAAGGUGUAUAAUACCUCUUUCAGACCCUUACCCUUUUCUCCAUUCUCGUUUCUAGCCAACAAUUAUUUUCUCUAGGUUAUAUAAGUUCAGUCUGCUCCUUGCUAUUUGUGACCCGUUUUCCCUUGAUCCUUGCGGGACCUUGAAGAGCAUGUUGCUGUUACCUAACGCCGUCGAUCCUCGACACAGUUUUUUACAGUUUAUGCCAAGUGAAACUACAAAAUUAAAUUUUUUGAAUGCAUGAUCAUUUCGGUGAGUACACUUUAUUAUUCUUGUCAUAUCCGCAUCUUGCUAAUCUUUGGUUGUCUUUUCCGUGACAGGAGCAGUACAAGUUCUGUUACGAAAUGGUACGAUUGUUUGUGGACUCGUUCAGCGAUUAUGCGAACUUCAAGUGAUGCGAAAAUACUGGAAUAUCUUCACAAACAAGACAAGUGCUAUACAAAGUGUUGCACAUUACGUGAGGCCUCUUGUCUCAGAGAGCUGGUAGAGCCCUUUAACAUUAUUUAUGAAAAAGAUUCAAUGCCCUCUUUGUUGGAGAAGUCAGCACAAUUUCUCAUCAGAUAGAGAGAACAGACAACUCAAGAAAUAGAUACAGUGAUCUUUUCUCGAUGAAUGAAAAAAAAAACCUGUACGGAAAGAGAACUUCAUGCCAUAACGAAGUGAAGUUCAUGAGUUGUUGGUAGUGGUUCUUUGAAGUUAAAAUGUGCUUCCCAAGUAUACAUUAAAAAGGAAAGGAACGAUUGUUUCGAUCACGGUAUUAAUUUUAUUUCUGCAAUAAUGUUUAAUUUUCAUGGGUAUUUUCUUGGAAAAGUGACGUAAUAAUUAAGAUAUUUUAAAAUUGGUGCUAAAUUGCUCAGACGCAUAAUUCUAGAAUCUCUGUAAUUACAACUGGACCUCACUUGACUUUUCCACGGUUUCAUUAGGAUUUCAUCCCUUUACAAGCGCUCGGGAUGUCCCGAUAGAAAAAGUUUUUCCGUGAUAAUUGUUGGGAUGUUCUGACAGCAAGUCAAGGGUCAUUUUUGUGUAGUGCUAUUUUUAAUGUAAUAUUUUGUAUAGCUUCGAAGAAGGCAUGCGCGAAAAUCUUUUCAUUUUUGAUGCUAUUACUUAUUUUAUUCAUCCAAUUGUAUAAAGGCUUUCAGUCGAAGAGAACAAAAAGGUAUUUUUUAUAAGAGUUAUUUCUUUAGUAGCAAGAACUUUUUUCAACAGUCGUCAAAUUUACAAGAUGCAAACGACACAUAGAAGUGUAGAAUACCUUUGUAGACAGAAUUUGUAACACAUACCAGUGCAUAAGGUAUUUUUGCAGCAUGUAGAAACUUCAAGCCUGUGACUCGGAUGGAGAGCCGUAGUUUUUUCGCAAUUUCUCUCACGAAUUAUUUUUCAUUAAACAAAUUCGGAGCCAUUGAAUAUGCAUCGCUCCAUAUUUGAGUCUUGGGAAGUUUUCAUGGUAGUAUUCUGUGCUUCAGACUCGUUUCCAGUCAUGAGGAAGGUUUAGAGGAAAGCGCAUAGCAUCAGGGGAAAACGUAAUCUUAACGUCCUUUUCAGCAUGACAUGCAAUGUUAAUUAUUAAGACAACCCCUUGCCCCCAGCUUUGUUGCCAUUCGGUAGCAAAUGGUAUGACUUUGUCCUCAAAACAAUAUAGCAAUAGAUUCCAGACUAAUUUUCAAGGUCCAAAUUCCCA